CUUCGCAAUAUUUAUUUCGAGACUUUGGUGAUAGAAGGUCGUAGUGAACAUUUAGAAGAAGUCGUGCAUAUUCUGAAGGGUUUUGUUCAAAAUGGAGGUUCAAAUGCACAACAUUAUUUACGUAUACUCGAAACGUCUCGAUCACAUCCCAUAUCAUCGGGUACUUACGGUUUGGAUUUGAUAAGGAAACUUCGAAAUAUGCCUGUAAUGCCCGAAGACCAAGUAGCUGCUUCAAAUCCUAUCAUAUCUCCACUACGAAAAAAUCGAGGUGUGGCUGUCUCUGGGCAAACUACUUUUUCACCGCAAUCUAAGAAGCUUACCGUCGCCAAUAGUGUCCCUGACAGCGUUGGAAAACCAUUAUUCUCAUGAAGGCUCCGAAUUUCCAGGGUCUAGUUGAACCGAAAUACAGGUAAAUUUCUGCGAAGAGUCAAUUUGGUGUUUUUCAGCUUAAGCAUCUGAAAAACCUUUCGAAUGAUAUUUUGUUUUUCCCUUCAAAAAACCAGUUUAUAGUAUUUUAAACUUGAGAGCAACUUUUAUUGUCUUGACACUUUUACAGUCCACCAACAUUGUAAGAUGUACAGUUUUUGUGCUUUGGAGUUAUUGUCCUUAUAUACUUAUCUUUACUUUCAAGGCUUGGUUUCUUUCUGAUAUGGUGUGGUAAUGUUUAUGUAGUGGAUCUUGGCC